AUGGCAAACGUUUCUUGGGCGGCUCUGCUUCAGUUACAAGUGACCGCACUGUUCGGUUUACUCAGCAAGCAUCAGCAGGAGGACAGACAAGAAGGCAGACAACGUGGAGAAGAGCUCACGGAUGAUGAAGCUUGCGAUCCUUUCCAGACAACGACAUCCGAAAGUACGAGAUGUUCGCACAAACUUUACAGCAACAGCGAGGCUUCGGCAACAAUUUCAAGUUCCCUGGUUUCCCAGCCGUCGGCUCCUAACCAGUUGCAGGAAAUGACGAUGAUGACCUCUGUAGUUGAAUUUCUUUGCAAUCAUUGUCAAUAUACAACAUAUAACUUAUUUAUUUUCAUUUCUCUCCACUCCUGCAAUUACCUACUAAAAUACUUCAUACGCCUGUACUAG